AUGAAAACAGAAACGGGUGCGGUGGAUAAGGCCUCCGGUGCUGCUGCGCAUGGGUCGCUCUGUUGCAAGCGACAAGACUUAUGCAACAGUCGGUACAUCAAAUUUGGUGGGACGUUUUCCGAGGGAAAAAACAAUGCUUACAAUGUCGAAAGAACGUCUUAUGAUCCAGAAUAUGAAUCACAUGAGUAA